AUGUACCAGCUCACCCACCUGCAAGUGCGCAUGUACCAGCUCACCCACCUGCAAGUGCGCAUGUAUCAGCUCACCCACCUGCAAGUGCGCAUGUACCAGCUCACCCACCUGCAAGUGCGCAUGUACCAGCUCACCCAGCUGCAAGUGCGCAUGUACCAGCUCACCCAGCUGCAAGUGCGCAUGUACCAGCUCACCCAGCUGCAAUUGCGCAUGUACCAGCUCACCCAGCUGCAAGUGCGCAUGUACCAGCUCACCCAGCUGCAAGUGCGCAUGUACCAGCUCACCCAGCUGCAAGUGCGCAUGUACCAGCUCACCCAGCUGCAAGUGCGCAUGUACCAGCUCACCCACCACUCAUCCACACUCUGCCACGCUGCCAAUCUCGUGUCCCUGUGCUUGCCUCUAUCCUCGUGUCCCUGUGCUUGCCUCUAUCCUCGUGUCCCUGUGCUUGCCUCUAUCCUCGUGUCCCUGUGCUUGCCUCUAUCCUCGUGUCCCUGUGCUUGCCUCUAUCCUCGUGUCCCUGUGCUUGCCUCUAUCCUCGUGUCCCUGUGCUUGCCUCUAUCCUCGUGUCCCUGUGCUUGCCUCUAUCCUCGUGUCCCUGUGCUUGCCUCUAUCCUCGUGUCCCUUCUCAUCUCUCGUCUCUCAUCUCGCAUCACGGCAGUGGAGCAGGCCACGCCAAUUGUCUUCAAGCUCGCCAUCGUUCUCCUGCAGGUAUCUUCCCUCUUACCUCCUCGCACCUCGCACCUCAUCCCACCUCCUACCAUCUCUUGCCAUGCAUCUCUCACCCACUUCCCAUCACCCACCUCUCCUCUCCUCCCACAAAUCCCCUCAUACUUCCCAUUCUCCUCCCCCCCGUCCCUUUCCCCUGCUCUUCCUCCCAGUUCCCCCCCCCUGUCCCCUCCCCCCGACCCCUCCCCCGGUCCCCUCCCCCUUUCAACUUCCCACAUCCCCUCCCACACCAGUGCCUCACGAGUUUUCAAGCGUGCGAGCUGGUUGGAGAUUGUAGUGCCUAAGAGCCUUCCUUCAGCUCUGCCUGCACUCCUGUCUCCUGCGGUGAGCGAGGAGGAGAUGGAGGAGCUGGUGUGCAAGGCCGUGCGGGUGGAGCUGGUGUGCAAGGCCGUGCGGGUGGAGCUGGUGUGCAAGGCCGUGCGGGUGGAGCUGGUGUGCAAGGCCGUGCGGGUGGAGCUGGUGUGCAAGGCCGUGCGGGUGGAGCUGGUGUGCAAGGCCGUGCGGGUGGAGCUGGUGUGCAAGGCCGUGCGGGUGGAGCUGGUGUGCAAGGCCGUGCGGGUGGAGCUGGUGUGCAAGGCCGUGCGGGUGGAGCUGGUGUGCAAGGCCGUGCGGGUGGAGCUGGUGUGCAAGGCCGUGCGGGUGGAGCUGGUGUGCAAGGCCGUGCGGGUGGAGCUGGUGUGCAAGGCCGUGCGGGUGGAGCUGGUGUGCAAGGCCGUGCGGGUGGAGCUGGUGUGCAAGGCCGUGCGGGUGGAGCUGGUGUGCAAGGCCGUGCGGGUGGAGCUGGUGUGCAAGGCCGUGCGGGUGGAGCUGGUGUGCAAGGCCGUGCGGGUGGAGCUGGUGUGCAAGGCCGUGCGGGUGGAGCUGGUGUGCAAGGCCGUGCGGGUGGAGCUGGUGUGCAAGGCCGUGCGGGUGGAGCUGGUGUGCAAGGCCGUGCGGGUGGAUCUUGUGUGCAAGGCCAUGCGGGUGAAUCUGCCCUUUGAGAGCCUGCUGCGACCCACUCCCCACACCGUGCUGCGACCCACUCCCCACACCGUGCUGCCUCUGCACGUGCAUCGAAACACAUUCACUCCCUUCCUCUCCACCUGCACUCCCUAUCUCAGUACGAUCUGCUGGCAAGGGGAGGCGGCAGCGGCAGCAAGGGACGUGCAGGCAGCAAGGGACGUGCAGGCAGCAAGGGACGUGCAGGCAGCAAGGGACGUGCAGGCAGCAAGGGACGUGCAGGCAGCAAGGGACGUGCAGGCAGCAAGGGACGUGCAGGCAGCAGCAGAGGCGAGUGAGGCGGCAGCGCUGUCGUGA